UCGGCUGAUUUGGAAGUGGCCGUUACUUCCCCGGCCGUCCGGGUUCUACGAAAGCAACGGCUGCUACUGCGCUGGGCUUGCGGGCUUUACCGCGUCCUUCCGGCUUCAGUGAUGUCUCAUGAAGCAAUGGAAUAUAAUCUUCAGGAGCAGACUGAUCAUCAUGCUGCAGAACAGCCUGCUUCUGCUGAAGUGGUCAGCAGCCACGUGGCACCGCUCCCGCUCCAGCCUGCUCCCCAGGUGUCCAUUGACCUGACAGAGGAAGUGGAGCUUUCUAGAGAGGAGAGUGGAGAGAACCACAAUCCAGGAACUUCAGAGGGGGAUAGGCAGGAAUCUGAUGCUAACCCCACUGUCCACGUGUCUUCACUGAAUUCAAUGAACAACUUUAUCACUGGGCUGCAGAGGCUUCAUGGCAUGCUGGAAUUCCUGAGGCCUCCACCUUCAGACCACAACGUGGGGCCUGUAAGAGCAAGGAGGAGACAGGGGUCUACUUCACGCAGGACGAGGCCCAGAGGGUCUCAGAGGACGGACAAUGCCAGAACGAGAGCCCCAUUGGAUGCUUACUUUCAAGUGAGCAGGACCCAGCCUCCCUUGCCAACUGCCUCUGACUAUUCGCGCGCCAGGAAUCUUGUCUCAGAAGAGUUGCAGGUAUCAGAUAGCUCUGAAUCUGACAAUGACAGCCCUGCAGAGUAUGAAGAGGUUGUCCAGGCACAGGAACCUGGGGCAGUCAUUCUGGAAGUUUCUGAGAACGACUCAGCAGAGCCACCAGGAGGUAGCUCAGCAGAGCAAGAAGUUACAUGUAUCGAUGGAGGAGAGAUCCUCCCCAAGCAGCAGUCUCCCCAAAAGUCCAACCCUCUUCUGUCUUCUGCUUCUGUGGAUGAGGAAGAAGGGGACACUUGCACAAUAUGUUUGGAACAAUGGACCAAUGUUGGGGACCACCGACUCUCAGCAUUACGCUGUGGGCACCUCUUUGGAUAUAAAUGCAUUUCUAAAUGGCUCAAAGGACAGGCACGAAAAUGUCCUCAGUGCAACAAGAAAGCCAAGCACAGUGAUAUUGUUGUCCUCUAUGCCCGAACCCUAAAAGCUUUGGACACUAGUGAACAGGAACGCAUGAAAAGUUCCUUGCUGAAGGAGCAGAUGCUAAGAAAGCAGGCCGAGUUAGAAUCUGCACAGUGCCGACUCCAACUUCAGGUCCUCACUGAUGAGUGCACUAAGCUUCAUAGUCGUGUCCAUGAAUUACAAAAACUUAUUGUGCAGCAUCAGGAUCAAAUUCUGCAGCAACCGAAGAACUCCCAGACACAUUUACUAGGCUGCCUGCCCUCCAGCCAGGGCCAGCACAAGUACCAUUUCCAGAAGUCCUUCACAGUGUCUCAUACAGGGAAUUGCCGAAUCAUGUCCUACUGUGAUGCUCUGAGCUGCCUGGUGAUGUCACAGCCUUCUCCGCAAGCCUCUUUGAUUCCAGGCUUUGGCGUAAGGAUGCUGAGUACUGCCAACAUGAAAAGCAGUCAGUACAUUCCAAUGCAUAGCAAACAGAUACGUGGACUGGCUUUUAGCAGUCGUUCCAAAGGCUUGCUGCUCUCUGCUUCCCUGGACAACACUAUUAAACUAACCAGCCUGGAAACAAAUACUGUGGUCCAUACUUAUAAUGCUGGACGCCCUGUGUGGAGCUGCUGCUGGUGUCUUGAUGAAAGUAAUUACUUCUAUGCUGGACUAGUCAAUGGGUCGAUUCUGGUGCAUGACCUGCGAAACACAAGCUGUCAUAUCCAGGAGUUAGUACCUCAGAAAGCCAGGUGCCCACUGGUAUCCCUUUCGUACAUUCCCAGAGCAGCCUCUGCUGCAUUUCCAUAUGGUGGGGUGCUGGCUGGAACCUUGGAAAAUGCUUCCUUCUGGGAAUUGAAAAUGGGCUUUUCUCAUUGGCCUCAUAUGCUUCCCUUGGAGCCAGGGGGCUGCACAGACUUUCAGACGGAGAGCAGCACCCGGCACUGUCUUGUGACUUACAGGCCUGAUAAAAACCACAACACUUUACGAAGUGUGCUGAUGGAGAUGUCCUACAAACUGGAUGGUGCUGGAGAGCCAGUCUGUUACUGCCGUCCUGUACAAACAUUCCUUGGGGGACCCACUUGCAAACUACUGACCAAAAGUGCCAUUUUCCAAAGCCCAGAGAAUGAUGGCAAUAUCCUGGUGUGUGCUGGGGAUGAAGCAUCAAAUUCUGCCUUGCUAUGGGAUGCUGGGAGUGGCUCCUUGCUGCAGAAACUGCAGACCAAUCAGCCUGUCUUGGACAUCUGCCCAUUUGAGGUGAACCAUCACAGCUACUUGGCUACCUUAACAGAAAAGAUGGUCCAUAUCCAUAGGUGGGAGUGACCAUCAUCUUGAAGCCUAUCAGACAUGCUGCUGGUUAAGUUAAACAUUUUGCUGGCACUAGCAGCUCUGGGCAAGAUCCCUCCUUAUCAUCUGUGGCCUAGAACUUUUGGGAUCAUGGUUCAUUUGGAUGAGUAUGAUUCUGUGACUCUGGGUCCCUCAGACACUACAUAUUGUGUCUGCUGUGUCAAUCAAGAGAAAGAGUGACUUAUUCCAUCCAAGUCAUUUCUUAGGUUAAAAGCUUCCCUGGAUCUUGUUGGUUUGUGGUAUCAUUUCUCUGCUGGACCUUAGAGUUUCCUUCCAGCCAUCAUUUAGCGUAGGAGUAUGUACCAAGCAUUUUCUGGGAAAUGUGACACCUCAACUGAGUGGUCUUAUCACUUGGGCCAUUUUACUUGGAAAUUCUGAGUCUCAAAGGACUAACAUCUUCUUGCUGCUCCUUGGUGGAUGAAGAUACUUCAGUUGAACACAGAGGGUACUUGAGUAGGGUUUGAUUUAUUUCUGAUCUUGAAUGCUGAAAACUUUUUAUUACCUUGUUCUCUCAUCCCCACAGAAGUGUAUGGUAGAGCACAUCUGGUGUGCUUUGUGGCAUCAACAUUAUGUCCCUGAUGUGCAGUGCUGGGAUAUUGGCAAGUCCAUGGCUGGAGGGGCCUCAUGAGCCAUAAACCCUAUCCUAAUACUGAGUGCAUUAAGUUCAACACAUUUUGAGAGCUAAGGAAAGAAACAAGUUGUUUGAGCAGUGGGGAAGAUUCAUUUUUUCUAUAUAGCUUAGAAUCUCAGGAUUGGUUUUAUUUAAGUCAUGCUUUGAAGACCAUUUCUUUUCUUUCCCACUAGGAAAAGGUGAGUGAUAUAUCAAAGCUAUUACUUGAGUCAUCAUGCGUCUUCUGCCCCAGUAACAGAGAUACGGGGAAAGGGACCGAGAGAUGACUUCAAAAGUGAAGCUGCCUAGACUGCUGUUGAGAACAGGACAAGGGUUUGUCUCUUCCUUUUGGAGAGAGUUCAUAUCUGAAUAAAGCCCAAGUCCCUGGGAGUGAGGGGCUGUUCUUGAGAGUGUUCAUAAUUCCCAGAUAAAGCCUUCCCCAUGGGAAACUGAUGUUUGCUUCCAAGUUUCUCUCAUUUGCCUCCUUUCUUAACCUUUUCUAAAAGUGUUUCAAGUAAAGUGGUUGUUCUCAGGAAGAUAGUAGCAGUUGGAGAACUUUCUGGACAAUGGAGAGAUGUUUGUCAGCCUCCAUUCUAACCCUGGAUUGUCCAAUAUUGAGGGCUGUGCUUUUCUCCAAUAAAGGGCUCAGUUUGUAUUUGUUUCCUUUUGGUGGUAGAGAUUGACUGCCUAAGGCAUGCAUCAAAACAUGCCUCGAGGUGUGGGCAGAUUAAUUUUCUGUCCCUGGGAAAUGAUGGCUGAACAAUGUGAUUUUAAUUGUUAAAGAGAUGUUAUCUUUGUUUUUCUUACAUAACAGUUCUGACCUGUCGAUUCGUGAGCUGUUUCCAGGAUGUUUCUCACCAGCAAGAGAUUUUGGGGUCAAUUUCCCCAGAGUUGCAAGUUCUAGUAGUACCUUUUAGUGGGCUUUUGUGUUGGACUAGCCUCCUUGAAUUGCUCUCCUCCCCUUGCACAUUUGAGGACAUCUUUCAAAAACCUAGCUUCUGACCCUGGGGAAAAGCCCCCUUUUCUAAGAAGACAUCUUUCUGAUAUGUUGAUGAUUCAGAUUGAUUGCCCAGGCCUGGAACUGGUGACAGAACACAAUCUGAAUUAAAAAGCACAACUCUUCUAACUUCAGCAGACUGUCACAGAGAGAAUACAGGUGGUCAGGCUUGACUGCCUUUGUUUUAAGCUGGAAUACAGUUAGGAUUUGACUUUCCUGUCCCCUUGGCAGCCCCAUGAGUGUGGAGCCAGAGUAGAUUGCUGUGAAGUGCACUGAAAUUACUGGUUAUUAAUUCCACUAAGUGUAGGAACCAAGGAAUAUAUUACCAGGGAAUUUGGUUGACUCCCGUCUUGCCAAUCCUUGCAUUCCUACAAUAAAUUGGAUGUUUUAGAAUCAAAUUCAUGUGACCAUAAUGUAACUGAUUUCUCCAAGGAACCUUUCUCCUUGCAGAUGAGGCUUGCAUCUGUAACCCCAGAUGCACCUCUGCACCUCUGCACCAUCAGGUUCUCUGCUUCACCAUAUUUCCUCAUUCCUAUCUUUUAAGGUUAUUUUCCAUAUAUUUGGAGUUACGUAAACUCAUAUAUCUUGGCAGUGUGUAUAUCCUUGUACCUGCUUUGAAAAGAGGACAGUGAGUUCUAUGUUUUAAUGUUAAUAUGAAAAUAAAGAAUUUGCCAUGUGUAAGAGCUCCUGGUGUCUUGUCUAUUUGACCACCAGAGUCAGGAAUGUAUCUACCUCUUGGAAAGGGGGUAAAAUCCCAGCCCAGUAGAUUUCUCCAUUUCAUGCAGUACUGUGUCUGAGCUAUACAGAAUGGCCCCUAGAUCUGAAAUAAAUAUUGUAUUUAAACUGAAAGGAAGUUGAGGCAUUAACCUCUGUGAUGGUUAGGUUAAUAUGUCAACUUGGCCAGGUGAUGGUGCCCAGGUGUCUGGUCAAGCAAGCACUGGCCUAACCGUUACUGCAAGAACAUUUGUG